AUCGACACCAGUCCAGCUCGACCGGGAUAUCGAACAAUUGAGACCGCUCCCCACGGGACGAAUCUCAUCAAUGGUUAUCAUUGAAAAUGUGCCACGAUACCUUAAAUAAAGCCACCUUUUUGUUUUGCACCCACGACAACCUUCAGUAUGGGACGCUAUAACUCGCGGGAUUUGAUCAGAUCCUUCAAUCCAGCCACCAACUGCAUUGAAGGAUAAUCGAUCGUUUUCUCGCAAAAAACCGAUGAUGAAGCCAGCCAGAGGACCAUCCACCAUGACAACGUUUAACGAUUCAGCAAAUGGGGUUGAAGUAGGGAUCUCCCUGGAGUCUUUGAUCCAGGCGGGGAGCAUUUUUAUUAUGGCUCUGUCGAUUAUAACUACUAAUGUGCUGACCGUUGCGACGUAUCUUAAUUUUAAAGGUUCUUCCGAAGUGAUCAACUGCUACCUUCUAUCUCUAGCGGUGGCUGAUUUGUUAUGCGGUCUUGUUGUCGCUCCGUUCUCAGUAUAUUCAGCAAUAGUAAAAAAGUGGGUGUACGGAGAUAUAACUUGCCGGUUAGUCGGAUACUUGGAAGUUACGUUAUGGGCCGUGACGGUGUAUACAUUCAUGUGGAUUAGCGUCGAUCGUUAUUUAGCUGCUCGAAAACCUCUCCGCUACGAAACUCUACAGACUAAAACCAGAUGCCAAUGCUGGAUGGCUUUCACGUGGAUAUCGUCAGCGAUGCUUUGCUGUCCGCCGCUGUUAGGAUUCAACAAACCGACAUUCGACAAGGACGCCUUCAUCUGCAUGCUAGAUUGGGAGAGUAUGGCGGCGUACUCGAUCACGUUAUCCAUCUUGAUUCUAGGUCCGAGUUUGAUCACCAUCAUUUACACCUACACGUAUAUCUUCAGCAUGCUGAGAAAAUUGAGAAGCGGCGUUCCUUUUCACGACAAGGAAUAUGCAACGGCACUGUCCGAGAACCUGUCAAAUCCCAGCCACAUUAUGUCGUUCACACUGGUGGUGACAUUUUGGUGCUCCUGGACGCCUUACAUCGGCGUCAAACUGUGCGAAUACAUGAUGGGGGUGAAAAUUCAAAUACAGUUCCUCCACUUCGGCAUAGUGUGGUUGGGAUUCCUCAACUCGCUCUGGAAGUCUAUCAUAUUAGUGAGCCUGAGCCCACAGUUUCGCCUAGCGUUGAAAUUUUUCUAUUUGACGAUCUGCUGCAAAUACAAAGAGAGAAUGCAAGCCGAGUUUAUCGGCAUGGACUCGGACGAUUGACUAGAAAAGGAUUUAGUUCCGAGCGUGGGUUUGCCCGUUACGGGUCUUGUAGUCCGCGACAUUGAAUAUUUCCUUGGUAAAUUAAAAACGAUUUGGUGCCAAGUCUCUAGCGGUAACGAAUACCAAAAUCAAUAAAUACCUUAGCCCGUUCGCAGAUCUUACCUGCACUUCGAUUAUCUCUGGCUUUAAGGGGUGGCCCCGUAUUGUUAUUUUAAUGUAAGAAAGUGACCAAUUGCUUUAUCCAAGGGUGGUAAUUAACAUACAAUGCAACAAGAUUAUUACCUUAAUUAAUAAUUACUUUAAUUAAGAAUAAUAAUCUUGUUGCAUUGUAUGUUAAUGACCACCCUUGGAUAAUCCGUUCAAAAGCAAUUGGCCACUUUCUUAUAUCUAUGAACAGACCAUAUUCCGAAUUCCUAGAAGCUUUUGACAUAUGGAAUUUGUUUUUAUUACUUUAUUAAAUAAGUGUGAGUGUUUUUAAUCGUUUUACUACCUCUAAACCAGACGAAUUAGAGUCUAAUCGAGAUGAUUUUCAUUUCAAAUUGGAAAAGUUUGUGUGAAUCGGUUAAUAAACAAAAAAAAUUAGGGCAAAAAUCCAUUUAAAAUAGAUGUUUUUUAUUUGUUAAUGAACAAUAGAAGUCCAGAAAAUUUCAAGUAAAAGUAUAGAAAAUUUUUAUCUUUUUUUUAAUUGUUCAUUGGUAACAUAAAAAAUAAAAAUUAUGAAACAUCAAGUUUAAAUCAUUUUUUAAAGUUAGGCUUCGUUUUUUUGUUAUAUAUGAGAAAGUAACUGGCAGUGAAAGCUGAUAUUUUUAUAAGAAUUUUUGCCAUAAUUUCCUUUCGGCCACCCGAACAAUUCAGCGUUUUAUAUAUAGAUAAAAAGCGUCAAUUAUUGUAAUUGUUCGUUACGUUUUUAGUGGUAAUACUAGUUUUACUCAAAUUUUUCACACACCGACGCAGCGUAUACCUAUCCUAAUGCAAUAAUUUGUUGUCGACGACAAUCACAUCGUUACCACGCGUCAGGUGAAAUUUUUAAAAGUAUUACGUAUCCGACUAAUUAUUUACUGGUCUACGAUUGGCGGAAACAAAUUCAGAUGUUCAGAUUCCACAACUAAAGUCGGUGUGUUUUAAUAAAGCUUCGCUAGAGGCCUCUACGGGACUAACAGCCGGCACAUUUUCAAUGUUAUCUUCAUGUGCUUUUAAUCUUUCGCAAAUAAUGCGUCUAGAUCCCUAUUUUAAUAAAAUGUAAGAGGUUGUGAUAUCGAAUUGAUCCUUAAAUAUCAAAAACCGCACCUGGUUGUUACGUAAUCGUUAAUUCUGUACCUAUCGUAGAAAAGUUUUUAACUAUACUCUCAAUUACAUUUCAUUUGCUCAGGAGGUAUCUUAAUUAUUCACAAUUUAGGUACACCACUGGUAUAGAAUUUAGUGGUUAAUUUUAAAAAAUCGUCCCAAUGAAACGAAUUUUUUUUUGUAUAAUCUACUGUUUCUUUUCUGUUCAAUUUUGACCGGAAGAUAGUUUUAACUGAAGGUUGUUAAUAGUUUUUUAAUCUAGCAAUAAGUAGAUGAUGUACAUAUAUAUAAGGAUAACGUUGCGAUUUAAAUUUUAACAUAAAUAGAAAAUGACAAAAUGGUCGGCUUAGUGAGCUGCGUUUGAAAAAACUUUAGAUGCCAAUAAAUUGGGUUAACAUUUUU